CAUGCACAGUGGCGGAUUUUUGCUGCGAGUGUCAUUCUGCAAAGCUGAGGAGUCGUCCCAGUAAUCACCAGAUUUUAGCUCAGGAGAGUGUUUUGCCAUGGAUACGGUAAGCGCUGGAGCUUCAGGCCGUGCUGCGGAGCCCAUGUGGUGCUACCGGCUCGGCCGCGCGCUCUACGUCCACGUGACAGCCUCGGCCAAUUCCGUGACACUGAUCCAGUCGCGAGGUCCUGGUUUCAAAACCGUUUUCUUGCCUGCUGGGGUGCGCCCUGGCGCAGAACCCUCCGACGAGGAGCUCUUCCAAGAGGUGCAGCGCGAGCUUGCGCGCGAGCCCGCGGACGCGGUGGUGUUCGCUGGCCUGGGCGAGCCCACCAUGCGCCUCGGGACCCUCGUGGCUCUGGGCUCGCGGCUGCGCGGCCUGGCACCCGAGCUCCGGCUGAACACGAACGGCUUGGGAAGCUUGCAGCACGCCCGCGACAUCGUCCCCGAGCUUACGAGCGCCGGCUUCUCCAGAGUCAGCGUGGCGCUGAACGCGGCGGGGCCGGCGCGGCACCGGUGUGCGAUGCGCCCGCGCGUCGGGGGUAGGAGCCUCUGCCCAGCGGAGGGCUUCGAGGCGGUGUGUUCCUUUGUGCGGGCGGCCUGCGCGGCGUUCCCUGCGGGCAACGUGGAGGUCACCUGCGUGGAGGCGCCCGGUGUGGACGUCGCUGCAGCCGAGCACCUGGUGAGGCAGCUGACGCCCGUCGGCGCGGCCGCAGCUUUCAGGACGCGGUCGUUCCAUCCACUGGCCCCAACAGAGGGCGUGGCGACAGUUGCGCACUCGGCAGCCCACGCUGGCAACACUGACGUCCUCGCCUCGCUGUGCCACCAGGCGCUGGUUGCGCCAGACGACCAAGGCAACCCGCCCAUUGUUUGGGCUGGAAACGCUGGACAUGCCGAAGCCAUCCGACUGCUGGUGGAGCGCGGAUGCCCCGUCGACGCGCCUGGAAGAUCUGGUAACACCGCGCUGCACCGGGCAUGCAAUCAGGCGCAUGCCACCGUGGUGUCGGCGUUGAUAGAGGCCAGAGCCGACGUCAACGUCCUCAACAGCAAGCAGCAGACACCGUUGCACCAUGCCGCCUUCUACCAGCACCGCGCCUGCGUGGCGGCGCUUGUGGAUGCUGGGGCCGACCCUACGAAGACUGACGGGCGCGGCAAGACUCCGGCUGAGGACACCGCCGACAUGGAUGUUCAAGCAGAUUUGGUUGUUGCGGUGAAGCAUUGGCAGGAGGCUCCAAGGCUGUGAGCGAGGAGCGGUGCCAAAGCCUCGGCGCAGCCGUUUGGGGCCUCGAACUGAGGGAGAGAUCGUGUGCGCGCAUUGCACUCCACGCACGUUUCGUUCUCCGUAGGGCUCGUGACUGGUGGAAAACGCGCCAGCCGAUGUAGCAACGGACCUUCCUGCGUCUGUUCAUUGACGACUGGGAUGUGCGCUCCAUGAUGACAGUCUCACGUGCCAGAGCCUCUUGGCUCGGCGUGUGUGGCUUCUCGUGGGUGCCGCCGAAUUCUGUAAGAUUUGCUGCGGUAUUGCCAAGCUGUGCCCCAGGCGUUUUUCUUGUCAGCGUUGCUGGGCGAGGGUAGGAGCAGUGCCUUGUGGCGGAGACUAGACGCCUUUCUUCCUGGUCGCUGAGUCCCACUAUCUAUUUUCAUCACCAGCCCAGCAGCCGCCCAGCACGGGUGUUCAUCCCUUUCUUCGUCAUGCUCUUGGUCUGCCCCUAGUCGUCAGAGUUGCGUCUCCUCUUCCUUCCCAUCUGGUCGCGAGCCCCUGGGCGGUGGAAUGGCUGCCCGCUUCUGCUCUGGCAGGUCGUAGAAACAUCAACUGAAUGCGAUGUGUUGGGCUUAUGGCGC